AUGACUGGCGAGGAAGCUCUUCGGACAGCUUUAUCAAACGAUCUCAGCCCAGAGCAUGACACUCCUUUCCACCUGCAGAGAUGGUUGGACGGCUAUGAUGGGGUUGGCAUGAAAGUGGUAGUACCUCAUUUGUCAGUUUUCUCAUUCUUUCAUUCUUGGUCAAGUCCUCUAAGCGAAGCGACGUGCAUUGUAGUGACA